AAUAUGGAGGUGCUGUAUUUCUCACUUUGUGCAGUUUAAACAGGCCACCGAAGAAAAAAAAAAAAUUGUGGAAAAUUACAACUCUGAAAGGGUCCUGAGGAAAAAGUACUAUAACAUGGUAGAAGUCAUGAAAGGUAAAAUCAGAGUCUUCUGCCGCAUAAGACCUUUAAAUAAAUCUGAAGAAGCCCGUGGAAGUCGGUUUGUUGUUGGCUGCCCAGAUGAAUAUUCUGUGACUGUGGACAGUGCCCGUGGACUGAAAGAGUUCCAAUUUGACAAGAUUUUCAAUAGCACAAGCUCCCAGGAGGAAGUUUUUGAGGACACAAGCAGGCUAAUACAGUCAGCUGUAGAUGGCUACAAUGUGUGCAUUUUUGCUUAUGGGCAGACUGGCUCAGGGAAGACAUUUACUAUGAUAGGUGACAAAGAACUAAAAAGUCCUGGUGUGAUGCCAAGAGCUUUCAACAGAAUUUUCCAUAUUGUAGAAGAAAAUAAAACUAAAUUUGAUUUUAAGGUCUCUGUCUACAUGCUGGAGCUGUAUAAUGAACGCUUGCUGGAUCUUUUUGUAAACCCAAAUGAGGCCUUUAACAAAAAGAUUGAAAUUAAGAAGGACAAAAAGGGUCUUGUGUUUGUUCAGGGUGCAGAGACAAAAGAGGCAGCCAGUGCUGAAGCGCUCUUUGCACUGUUUAAACAAGGCUGUAUGAACCGGCAUAUUGCAUCCACAAAAAUGAAUGUUGAAAGCUCCCGAUCGCACCUGAUCAUUGGAGUGACAAUUGAAAGUACAAACCUCACGAACGGGAGUGUUACAUAUGGGAAACUCAGCCUGGUUGAUUUAGCAGGAAGUGAAAGGGCAGCAAAGACUGGAGCAAAGGAUGAGCAGCUGAAGGAGGCGAACUCAAUCAAUAAAUCUCUGAGUGCUUUGAGUGAUGUCAUCUUUGCCCUUUCAACUGAACAGUCCUUUAUACCAUACCGCAAUAAUAAGCUGACUCAGCUCAUGCAAGAUUCACUGGGAGGCAAUGCAAAAACACUUAUGUUUGUUAACAUAUCUCCUGCUGAUUACAAUGCUGAAGAAACAGUCAUUUCAUUGAUCUAUGCCACACGUGUUAAAGCAAUAACCAAUAAUGCUCAGAAAAACUCUGAAUGUAAGGAGAUAACUCGUCUUAAAGAGAUUAUAUUGAAGUUAAAGUCAGGGCAGCCAGUUGAAGACGAGAUUUGAGUGAUGUGCUUCAGCGACAAUACUCCAGAUAACUAGCAGCACAAACCCAUCCCAGACAGAACAGCAAACAGAAUAGAGUAAAUCCUGUAGUGAAGGUUUUCAUUUAUUCUUCAAACACAAAAUAAAUAAAAUAGUAAUGUAUUCAUCAAUGUGAUUGAUUCUAUUUUUCCUAGUCUCCAACUGCUUGUAAAGGUUAAGGAGUAAUUAUGCUGGUUUUCAGUUACUAAUACAGCUGAAUGGUAAUCACCUGACCCUGGGUGAAUGAUUGGAAAGAUCCACUAAUAGUGGCACAAUAGAGUGUGUCUAACUAUAAGUAAGCAGCUUUUUUAUUACUUUAAAAUUACAUAAAAAAAACUCAAGAUCUGAUUUAAUGAUGAAUAAUAAACAAAUGAACAAUGUGACUAAUAAUCUUGCAGUUAAAUUAACACUUUUUUAACAGUUUUUGCAAAAUCUCAUUUUUUUUUUUAUUUCAAUACAAAAUAAAGUUAAUUUAAAUGCACUUGUUUAAGCUUUACCGCUUUAAGGCAAUACAGGACAGCCUUCGUAACGAGUCCAUAGAUUGAAUUAAGAUCUAAUUUAUCCUCUGGACUUUUCUCAAGAUUCAGCUGCUCAAGUAUUGUUAGAAAGAAAAAAAUAUUUCAUUUUGAGCUGUUCGAUCCCCAAUGCAACUCCUCAUUCCCAUACCAAAGACUUUCUCAUUCAGAUCCUUAUUUAACUGUCCUUGCUCGUUUAGAAACCUCUCUGGCUUCAGAUGUUUUUGAUUAGUCAAAAUGGUUAUGAAAGAAGAAGCAACUCUGACCCAUAUAAGAAUGUCAUAUUUGGAUUACAGGAUGACCCAAACAUUUUGUGUAAUCCUCCAUGUUCUAACAACACUAGAGGAUAUCAUCUUGUGGAAAUGCUGUGCAGGGCCCUCUGUGAUUUGAAUAAUGUCUACUGUAGUGCGACGGGGUAUGCCUGCACCUGUAUUUAGUUGUAUUACUGUGAUUUGAAUGUAAUGUUUUGUGUUUAUUUAUAAUUCCCCAUCCAGCUAAACGUGUGCAUAAUGUGUCCAUCUCCAAAUUAAUUAAGUGAUUACCAAUUUGGAAUAUAUAUUUAAAGAGCACAUCAGCAACUCAGAAGGAGAGAGGGUUGAAUGGAGAACGAGAGAGAGAGAGCAAAGGAAAUAAAGGCUUUAAAAACAAUUGCUACGCGUGCUGGGUUAAGACCAGCACGAUACUUGUUUUGUGUGUGGUUUGUUUAAACUGUGUUUGUCCAUUGAGCCCUUUUGUUUAUUAUUAUUUAAAGUUUAUUUGAUUUAAUAAAAUAAGAGGGCAUUGGUGACUCACCCCGAAGUUCUUGUGUAUGCCUGUAUUUCCUGGUCUGUGAUGUCUUUUUAUUUAUUAUUAAACGUGCGCACCAGCGCUU